GAACUUCAUUCUACAACCAAAGAGGCUUUCCUGUAUUCUAAAUUAUUCUUUGUGAAUAUUAUAGGAUAGAGGAAAAGAGAAAAAACGGUAACGCACAGAGAUUCCAGUAGCAGAGUUACGCGUUUUGCAUGAAAGCUAGCAUACGAUGGAAAUAGAAGCCAAAAUAGAAAAAUGUAGCAGUCACUCAAUUCUAUACUACAUAUUUUUCCAUGUUUAACUUUUUCUACUAUUUUCGUUCUCCCCUGUCUCAACUAGUAUAGAUAAUCAUCUCUCUUCUAAAUUCACAGUCAUAUUAGCCUGAAGUAUCGAAAGCUCGCUUUUUAGGUAAAAUGAUUUUACAAAAAUGUUUUUCAAUUAUAUUACAUAUACUUAGUUUUAUAGCUACAAUGAGCGGUAAAUUAACAGUCGAACAGCACCUUGCUCGUUUCAUUCCUGUGGAAAUAUCAGCAGAUUUAUCACAACUGAACUCAAAUCAGCUUAAAGCGAUUAUAAAGCUAAUUGAAGCGUGCAAAUUAUUUGAUCAACUUUACAUACGUCAAGUAUGGUCGGGAAACGAAGAAAUGUAUCGAAAUCUACUGGAGAAAAGCAAGAAUAACGAAGAAGAUGGUUUACUUCUACAAUUAUUUUACAUUUCUCGAGGACCUUGGGAUCGAUUUACAGCUAGUGAACCAUUCGUUUCCGGUGUAGAAGAACGACCAAAAAAUGCCAAUUUCUAUCCUAAGGAUAUGACAAAAAUAGAAUUUGAACAGUGGAUUGAAACACUGUCCAAAGAUGAUAGAUAUCAAGCAACUGGGUUUUAUCAUAUCAUUCAAAGAAAUGCCAAAACAAAUAAACUUGAAUGUAUACCGUAUUCUGAAGCGUACCAAGAUUUAUUAACACCAAUUUCACGUUUGUUAGAAGAAGCAGCUGAUUUAAUUGAUGAAAAAUCCUUAAAAAAAUUCUUAAAAUUACGUGCAAGAAGUUUUCAAACAAACGAUUAUAUAGAAAGUGAAGUGGCCUGGUUAAAUAUCGAACCAAAUUGUCCAAUAGAAGUUACAUGUGGUCCAUACGAAACCUAUACGGACGAAUUAUUUUCUUAUAAAGCCGCUUUUGGAAUGCAUGUUCAUAUUCGUGAUCAACCGUAUACUGAAAAAUUAAACUUUUUCACUGAAUCAUUAUCAAUUAUCGAAAGUCAUCUGCCCGUACCAGAUGAAUAUCGAAAUAAAGAAUUAAAAUCGGUACCAAUUGUGGUUGUUAAUGAAAUUUUUAACGGUGGUGAUGCACCGUUGCCUAUGACAGUGGCUUAUAAUUUACCAAAUGAUGAACAAAUUAUUAAACAAUUCGGUUCUAAAUUAACAAUUAUGAAAAACAUUCAAGAAGGUAAAUAUGUCACAUAG